AUGGCUUCGACAGUCUCCUCAGGCGAUCAGGGGACGGCCAUCGGAGAAGAGAAAAUGGUCUCGGGCGUGCCACAAACCCAGAGUCUGGCCAAGGACAAUACUACGCUGGAUACGCCGCUGGAGCCUACUAAGCAGAUGCUACAACAAGUUGGCAGCCACAGCGUUGGAGAUCAGACAGACGAUACAAAUAGGACGAGUGAACAACCGCUUCCCGGCCAGAAGAUCACUCCCAGGCCCAAACCGCUCUCGACCAUGGCCGUGAGACCAGUGUCGCCUCUUCCCUUGCGAUCUUUGUCCCCCAACCGAGCAUCGGUAUCGCCGCACAGAGCAAGGCACGCAUACAUGGCUCCUACUUCGCCAAACAGGCAGCUCAGCCCCCAUUCGCAGAUGCACUCGCCAGCGUCGUCCCAGAUCUUCGAGAGAGACGUCCAGGAGGACUUCCCGAUCCAGACAUCGCCCUCCAUCCCGUCCCAUAUCGUCACAGAGAAUCACAUUCCUCCUAUCCUCGAGGCGUCUUCUGCGGCCCUGACCGACGACCGACUUGAUCCAGACUCGGUUGAGAUAGUAACUCAUAACCUACAUCAGCCUGCCUCCUUGUCCGUUGUCGGAUCUGGCGCGGCGACCUCCCAUGGCGAACACUCGCUCGCAUCGUCUUUCUACGAAUACGCUUCCGCGCAAAGUCCCUGUGACCCGGAGGAAAAUGCGUCAACGUACGGCGGCUUCGACUCGACCGAUAUCCGUCGUCUGAGUUUCGUCUCAUUCGCCGACCUCGUCCACGCUGAACAAGUAGAGUCCUACGACCACGCGUCAAACAGAGACUCUCAGAUAAUGGGUGGCCUCGCAGCACUAGCCAACGCCCCGACGGUGAACAGCAACCGAUCCCCGUCUCCCAUGCGCUCACCCAUCUCGUCUCACGGUCCGGGAAGCUCGCCGCCCACCAGUGUCUCGCCAGGUGAGCCAAGAGGGUUCGAAACCUCGCCAAACCGCGGAACUCGUGUACCGCGCAGCCCUCCGCCUUGCCCUCAUAGCCCAUCCGGAACAUUCAGCAGCGAUCUAAACGUAGAGACCAUGAGACAGGCCCUACGCCGCACGGGGAGCGGGGAUAUGGGAUCCUUCAGAAACCCGCCCUUGAGCGCAGCUGCUAGUGACACGGCUUAUGAACGACCAUUCAAAUGA